AUGUCAUUCCUUGUUUAUGAAGCUCCAUCACACGAUCCUCACCCAACACAAUCACAAACCAACAACAGUACAAGUUCCGAUCUAGCAGUGGUGAAGAAUUUAUUUCUUGCUGGUGGAAUUUCCGGAUGUGGAAAUUGGCAUUUGGAUAUGAUUGAAUCACUCAAGAAGAAGUGUUUGAAGAAUGAUCAUGUUCGGGAGAAGUGUUGUGUUAAAUUGUACAAUCCAAGAAGAGAGAAUUUUGAUGUGAGUGAUAAGAGCCAAUCAGAUGUUCAAAUUAGAUGGGAACAUUCCUAUUUACAUACUGUGGAAGCUGUAUCAUUUUGGUUUUGUAGUGAAACUCUUUGCCCAAUUACUUUAUAUGAGCUAGGUAAAAUUUCCAUGAUGCCAAGUGUUAAAUUAUUUGUUGGAGUUCAUCCAGAUUAUUUGAGAAGAAUGGAUGUUGAAACUCAAACCCUUCUUGUAAGACCAGAGGUUACUAUUGUCUAUUCAGUUGAAGACUUAGCUCAACAAGUAUUUGAUGAAUAUUUUGCAGUACAAGAUUAAAAAUCUGAUCUUAAUAAAAAGUGAAAAUAU